GUGCACUGUAACAGUUACAAGACAAAAAAAAAAGCUGCAGCAGGUUCAUUUUUUUUCUCAAAAUAAAAAAGGAAAUUGAAGCUCUGAAAACAGAAUUACUAGCAAUUCAACCACAAACACGUCCGUUUACAAUUCUGAGCCUCAGAUACAACAGUGUACAGUAGCUGCAAGGCACAAAAGAAAAGAAUUUGACAGACAGCUACACCAUGUAAAAUGAAGUCUUCCAAACUGUUUAUCUGGGAGUGUUGCUUCAUUGUUCUGUUAAGAUUUAAUUUGGGGAAAGAUAUAGAGAAUGUCAAAUAUGUGGUUGGUAACGAAGUUUCCCUGAAUUGCCCUCCUGUUCAAGUGGAUGUGGAACGUAUUAUUUCUGUGAUCUGGAAGAUAAACUGUGCAAGUGGCACAUCCUGCACUGUGGCUUUAACAGCAUAUAAUAACACCACAUCCAACGGAUGCAGGAACAAACACAUCACUACUGAACACACAGCAUAUCUUCUCCAUGUUCCAUACGCUGAAUUAAAUGAUUCUGGAUUAUAUACCUGUGAAGUUGCACAUGCCAGUGGAUUGACAGUGAAAGUCUACAAUCUAACUAUAACAGAAUACACAUAA